UUCUUGACCCGUAAUAAGUUAGAAACAAUUACAAAAAGUUGAGAAUGCUAACUUUUGUUACUUAUAAAUCUUAAUUUACUUCUAGUCUAAUUUUUUAUUUUAAGCAGGCAAACGGCUUCGAAAUAUGAUAGAUAUGCGAAGUCUUUGUCUUGACGCAGGUUGCGGUUUACUUUGCGGUGUUAAAUAUUCCUAUAUGAUUUUUUCCAUCUGCGGAGGUUACAUUUUCCACCAGCUCUUGUGUACCUUCCUCAUCGCCUAUCAUCAUUCUCGACCAUGUCAUAUUUAAAUCACAUUACUGGAUAAAAAUUUUUAAGACGUCGGUUAUUAUUUUGAGCUGAUAAUCGCAAUUUAUGCCUUACAAUGAACAGAAAAUAGAAGAUUAUUUUUGAAAGAACAGAAACUAGAAGAUAAAGUUACAAACUGAGAAAAAAAAAAUAUAACGAUGCUUUAUCCCUUGUUAGAUAAGCAUAUAUUAAGCAGCCCAAUGAUAAAGAUGAAUCUUGAGAUAAAGUUGAGCUGGACUCCUUUAUCCACAAAACAUGAAAAAUGGGCUCUGUUUUUCUAAAGUCGGUGGGCUGCAUGCAAACAGAAAAGCCCAAGCCCAUGAUAUAGGGCAGGCAAAUUUUACGUAACGUGGCGGUGAAUCUCAUCACUCCUCUAAAACCCUGGUUAAAUAUCUGCUGCAUGAGCUUUCCAUUUAUAUUAAAUAACAUCACAUAUAUCCAACUAUUUAUUUUGAUCCAUCUUAAAAAUGGCAUCACUUUUGAUAAGACGAUCGUCUCGCUGUUUCAUCUCUGACUACUGUGGAAAUGCGGCGGCGCUCACCGCGUUGUGCCGAUCUAUGGCCACCUUUGCACGGACGAAGCCUCAUGUCAAUGUGGGUACUAUUGGCCAUGUUGAUCAUGGAAAAACCACACUUACUGCUGCAAUAACAAAGGUGCUUGCUGAAGAAGGGAAAGCUAAGGCUAUUGCAUUUGAUGAAAUUGAUAAAGCUCCGGAAGAGAAGAAGAGGGGAAUAACUAUUGCUACAGCCCAUGUGGAGUACGAAACAGAGAGGAGACAUUAUGCCCAUGUCGAUUGCCCAGGGCACGCAGAUUAUGUGAAAAACAUGAUAACUGGAGCGGCACAAAUGGAUGGAGGUAUCCUCGUGGUAUCAGCUCCAGAUGGGCCAAUGCCUCAGACAAAGGAACAUAUAUUACUUGCCCGUCAGGUUGGUGUGCCUUCAUUGGUGUGCUUUCUCAACAAGGUUGAUGCUGUUGAUGAUCCAGAGCUGCUUGAGCUUGUUGAGCUGGAACUCCGUGACCUGCUGAGCUUCUACAAAUUUCCUGGGGAUGAAAUUCCAAUUGUACGUGGUUCAGCUUUGUCUGCUUUACAAGGAACAAAUGAAGACCUUGGGAAAAAGGCAAUCCUAAAAUUAAUGGAAGCGGUGGACAAGUAUAUAACUGAUCCUGUUCGGCAACUUGACAAGCCUUUCCUAAUGCCAGUUGAAGAUGUAUUUUCAAUUCAGGGGCGUGGAACUGUUGUCACUGGGCGUAUUGAGCAGGGAACAAUCAAAAUUGGAGAGGAGGUUGAGAUUUUGGGAUUGAGACAGGGUGCGCCAGUUAAGACUACAGUGACUGGUGUUGAGAUGUUUAAGAAAAUCUUGGACAGUGGACAGGCUGGUGACAAUGUAGGACUUCUUCUGCGAGGUUUAAAACGUGAUGAUGUACAGCGUGGACAGGUGGUUUCAAAGCCUAACACCUUAAAAACAUCUAAACGGUUUGAAGCAGAAAUUUAUGUUCUUACAAAAGACGAAGGUGGCCGCCAUACCUCAUUCUUCUCAAAUUACAGGCCUCAGUUUUACUUGAGAACCGCAGAUGUUACUGGAAAAGUAGAAUUGCCUGAAAAUGUCAAGAUGGUGAUGCCUGGUGAUAAUGUGACUGCAACUUUUGAGUUGAUAUCACCAGUCCCCCUUGAAACAGGACAAAGAUUUGCUUUAAGAGAAGGCGGUAGAACUGUUGGUGCAGGAGUCGUUUCAAAAGUACUACAAUAGACGUUGAGCAUUGUUUUAUAUCAUCGUCGAUGUUUCAAACCCGAAACAAAGAUGAGUAGGUGCUCUUUCGAUGGAAGCUUUGGCUGUUCUCCUAGUAGUUGAUUUCUAGGUUUUUUUUCCAUAUAUUUAGAAAGGUCAAGAAAGAAAGUUUUAAGUUACAAGUGCAGAUUCAUUUCUUAUUUUCAGCAAUAUGUUUGUGAUUGCAGGCUUGAACAAAAUAAAUGGCACCUGAGUAAAUUUCAUCAGCGUAUAAGAAUGUUUAAACUUGUUUUUAGCUUGUGAAUAAAAUCAUUGAUUAGUU